AGUCUACUAUGGUGUUUCGCCAUCUGUAUAGCAUUCGCUUAUCCACUUCCAGAAACCAAAUAUAUUGUGCUCAUUAUCUGUAUUGUAUUGAAUGCCUUAGCAGUUACUCUGGGAAUAAGUAUCCACCGGCUUCAUAAGACAGUAUUAAUAUCACUGUUUACCGUGUCACUGAUGAUCGAUUUGGUUGGAACAGUACUGCUUUUUCUUUCAUUAGGCAUCUAUCCUAUA